AUGACCAUUACUUCUUUUAAUCGUGUUGUUGCCUCUAUUCCCAAUGGAUGUCUCCGAGGCAAUAUAACCAGUUUUUUUCACCAAUACCAUUCUGACUUCUCGCACUCUUUUACCGUGUUGGUACAACAAAGGACAAGCCAGCGUACAUUCGCUACAACCUCUCACCAGUGUCACAACGAACCGAAAUACCCCACAUCGCCUUCCGGUCCUCUUGUUCCCGGUUGUGAAACCCGGGAAAGAAAGAACGCUCAGAUGGGUGACAACACGCUACCAUCCAAGCCGCCGGCAAAUGAUCCGAAUCCGAACCCGAACCCGGUCCCGGUAGUGGUGGAGGAGAGCCCCUUUCCUCUUACGGCUGCCGACAAGUGGGUGCUCUCACAGACGGAUGAGGAAUUCAAGUGUCACUCUUGGGAUGAAUUGCGCACUCUUAUACAAAACAAUGACCUCUCCGUCCUCAAACGCAAGCCCUCCGAUCUCCGGCGCUACAUGAAAUGGACAGCCGAGACCAAAGCCUCGUACGGCAGCAUGACCAACUACCUCCUCGCCCACCGCCUGCCCAAGACAUGGGGCGAGCCGCCCUUCACGCCCGUCUCCGACGUUCCCUUCGCCGAACCCUCCGACUACUGCGUCCUGCUGAAUGACUGGCCGUACGGCUUCGAGCCGGGCAUCACCCACAUCGUGGUGUGGACGUGCACCGCUAUUGCAACGGAUGACGAUAAGGGCGACAUGACGCCCGAGAGCCGCAAUAUCGUCGGUGAUUUCGUGAAGCGGUAUUUUGUAGAUCGGCUGGGUCCCGGGGGUGAGGAGAAGGUGCUGUAUUUCAAGAACUGGGUGGCGCUGCAGAGCGUGAGAGCGCUGGAACAUAUUCAUGUGUUGGUGAAGGAUGUUGAUCCGGCUCUUAUCGAGGAGUGGACGAGGGAGCAGGAGUGGCAUAAGGCGUAG